AUGGAUAUCACCGAAUUUACAAUCUCUACCUUCCACAACGCGCUUCGCCAACAAACCACCAGCUGCGCCGUGGUGGUGCGCACAUAUCUCGACCGCAUCGCGCAAUACGACCCGACACUGAAAACUCUCGUCUGCAUCAAUCCGAAUGCACUGAGCAUAGCUGCUGGGAAAGACGAACAAACAAAGCGGUUUCUUCAAAAUGACAUUCCGUUCCCACCCUUACACGGGGUUCCCAUCGUUCUCAAAGACAACUACGCGACCCACGACCUCCCCACCAGCGCAGGGGUAAAAGCACUGCAAUGCCUGCGCACAUCCACAGAUAGCGAGGUUGUCAGUCGUCUGCGCGAUGCAGGUGCCAUAGUCCUCGCCAAAGCCAAUCUCCACGAAUUUGCAUUCCACGGGACCACGACCUCUUCACUGGGCGGCCAAACACGCAACCCAUACGACCUCACCCGCACACCCGGCGGUUCCUCGGGUGGCACUGCCGCUGCUCUGGCAGCCAAUCUGGGACUGAUAGGAUGUGGCACUGACACGAUGAACUCUCUGCGGUCGCCGGCAUCUGCAUGUGGAAUUGUGGGAUUUCGACCGUCUCAGGGCCGGGUCUCUCAACGCGGGAUUGUGCCUGUAUCGGAGACGCAGGACACAGCCGGGCCCAUGGGGAGGACUGUGGAAGACGUCAGGACUGUGUAUGAUGUGAUGACACAUGAAUGUAGAGGCAAAGGAUGCGAAAGGCCCUCUGCAGAUGGUUAUAAGCGUAUACGCAUUGGAGUCUUGGAGGCAUACUUCAGCCUUGAAGAAAAGGAUCCAAAUCUCCCAAAGCAGCUCGUUGCUGAGAAUGCCAUGGUCCAAAAGAUUGUGCGGAAUGCUCUGGCGGUUAUUCAAGAUGCCGAUGUCGAACUGGUCCCUAUCAAUCUUGCGGCUACAUCGGAAUGGGAGCCUAAAACUUUGCUCGCGACUGCAGAUACACAACCGUUCGAGUUCAAAGGCUGCUUGGAGCAGUUUCUCCAGUCACCUGAGAUAUCGUAUACACCACAUCGUACCCUGCAAUCGAUAGCACAGAGCGAAGAGUACGACAAGGAUGCCGUGACAGAAGUAUUCCACGCAUCCUUCAUUGAUCCCGAGACGUAUUCUCGCACCAGCGAGGCAUAUCAGAGUCGGUUGAGCAAGAUCGCAGAAUUGAAACAGUCUGUCCAGAGGUGCUUUGACGAGAACAAGCUCGAUGCGUUGGUAUAUCCGCAUCAACGACAGCUCGCUAUUAAGAUCGGGCCAACAGUACAGCCUCGACGCAACGGUGUGUUGGCGGCAUUGACUGGGAAUCCUGCUAUUUGUCUCCCGGGUAAGUUACUACCUAGCAGUGCUUAG